AUGGAUUUUGGAGGCGUUAUUUCAGUUGAAAAUUUUGAUCCUACUUCUCACACAGCUAUAGAUUCCCCUCGCUCUCUCGAAGCUUGCAAAAAGCAUGGCAUCGAGCCUUCUGAGCUAUUCCAACUUUCCCGAAAUCAAGCUACUAAAAAGCUUGGCAUAAAUGCCCCGUCAGAUAUGAUAGAUUUAUACAUAGAAAGAUAUGAACUUCGCCGUCAAAAAGAAGUAGAGCUUGUAAAGAGUGAAAGGAAAAAUCUUAUGAGGACCUCUUCAACAAAUUCAUCCAGAUCAGUUUCAAGACAUCACUCAAAAAGCACAUUUUUAAUCCAAGAAGAAGAAAAACAAUUAGAAAAAUUAAAACGAAAAAGAGAAAUUGAAGUAGCGCAGCUAUAUGAACAAGAAAGAAUCAAACAAGAACUAUUAUCAAAAUUUUCAGAAAAAGAAAGAAAGGCUCAAGAAAGAGAAUAUGAAAGGAAAAAGAAACUAGAACAAGAGAGAAAAAUGAGGGAAGUUAAAAGCCUGCAGGAAGUGGAAAGGAAAAGAAUGGAAGAAGAAAAUUUUCAAAUGGAAAUUAAACGGAAGCAGAAUGAGCAAUUUCAACAAGAGCAGAUGAGGUUAAGAGAAAAGGCGAAAAUGGAAAAAAGGAUGAAAAAAGAAGCCAAGGCAAGGGAUGAUGAAUUAAAGAGAAGACAAGAAAUGCUAAAGCAGCAAACUAUGGAAAUCGAAAGCCAGCAGCAUCAAAUGAUUGAAAGUAAAAGAAAAGAAAUGAUGCAUAGAGAAAAACAGAGACUAAAGUCUUUGCAGUUAAAACAGAAAAGGCUGAAAGAAGAAAACGAUUUAAAGCAAAAAGAAAAAGAUGAAAGGAUUAUGCUAGCUAAAACAAACUUGGAAAAUUUAACAAAAGAAAAGCUGAAAGAAUAUAAAAGAAAAGAAGAAAUGGCUGAGAUGAAGAGAAGACAUUUUGAAAAGAAAAGAGAAGCUUUAAAAAAGCUAGUUCAAGAACAGUCAGAAAGAAAAAAAAUAGAAAUUCAGCAGGUCAUUGAAAAUAAUCAAGAGAUGAUUGAAGCUAGAAAAAAUGAUUAUUUAAAUAGCAUGAAAGAAGCUGAAUUAAGAAAAAAAAUACAAGAAAGGCAGAAAAAAGAAGAAUUAGAGCGCAAAAGAGAAGAAGAAAAAAUAAAAGAAAUGGAAAGGCAGUUCGUAAAAGAAAGAUGCAAUCAAAUUGAAAUGGAAAGAAUUAAAGAAAUUAAAUUCAAGCAAAAAUUAGCAGAUAAAAAGCUGAGAAAACUAAAUAAAAUGAAAGACGAAGAACGAAAGCGUGAAGAAAUCUUAAAGGAAAUAAAAAAUAUUGAAAAACAAGAUGAAAUUAAACGAAUUGAAAGAAAACAAGAAUAUCAAAGAGAAAUGGUAAGGAAAAAGCUUCAGCAAGAAAAUGAAAGGAUAAAUAAUUUAAUGAAAGAAAGAGAAAGAAUCUACCAAUCACGUCAAAAGGUUCGUUCUCAAAUUGAGAUGGAAAAAACAAAAAUUGCAGAAAAGUUCAAUUCAUCGAGAAAUAAAGGCGAUUCACAAUUUCUCCUAUCUUAUGAAAACUCAAUGGUUUCUACUGGAGAUCAGUUCAAUACUGCUUUAGAAAAGAAAAAAGCUUCUUCAGCUAAAAGCAACAGACUAAUAAUAAAAGCUUUCUCAAAGCAAAGCCACGAAUCGUCUAGAAGAACUUUUCAUUCUCCAAAGCCUCUAUCUGCAACAAGCCCAAACCGAUAUAAAUCAACCAAAGAGAAAAUGAAAGCGGAAGCCAAAAAGAUUAUAAAAGAACUACAAAAGAAAAGCAGAAAGUCAAUGAGAAGGAUACUCAAAGAAGAAGUAAAAAGAGAAGAAGAACGACAGGCAAUUUUAGAUUCGAUAAGGGAUCCUGGGGAAAGAAAAAGAAUUAAUUUUAUUUUUGAUGAAGAAAAAGAAAGAUGUGAAGAACAAAAAAAAGAAAUUAAGAGAAAAUUAAAAGAUGAUGUCCAGAGAGUCUCUAUGAUGUAUCAUAGCUUGGAAUAA